AUGGCGCAGCGAGAAUUGCUGCCUUCAGAUGUGCUGCCAGAGCACUACGAUUUGACUCUGGAGCCUGACAUUGAGAAGUUUGCCUUUGAUGGGGUGGUGAAGAUUACCUGUGACGUGCAGGUGGCCACGGAUAGUAUCAGCGUGCACGCGCAUGAGCUGGUGCUCUCUGCGGCGAGCUUUACUCCAUCGCAGGGCUCCGUGUGCCAAUCCGAUUCCAUCGCCCUGAGGACCAAAGCCAAAACGGCCGUCAUUGGCUUCGAGGAAGUUCUCCCUGUGGGCAAAGGUGUGCUGGAAAUCAAAUUCCGUGGCACCUUGAACGACCAGAUGUCUGGAUUUUACCGUUCGCAGUACACCGAUUCCAAAGGCGUGAAGCGUUUCAUGGCCACCACCCAGUUCGAAGCCAUUGAUGCGCGAAAAUGCUUCCCUUGUUGGGAUGAACCGGCCAGGAAAGCCACCUUUGUAGUGACGAUGAUUUAUCCCAGCAACCUCACAGCUAUCUCCAACAUGCCGCCCAGCAGCCAAGAAACUCGCGCGGAUGGCAAGAAGAAGGAGAUUUUUAUGGUCACCCCCAAGAUGAGCACCUACCUGUUGGCCUUUUGCGUGGGCGAAUUCGAAUUCGUGAGUACUCAAACGAAGAGUGGUGUUCUCGCUCGCAUCUUUGCAUGUCCAGGCAACAGCGCCAGAUGCAGUUUUGCGCUGAAGUGCUGCAUCCGCGCGCUUGAGUUCUACGACGAGUUCUUUGGUAUUCCGUAUCCGUUGCCAAAGAUGGACAUGAUUGCAAUCCCGGAUUUCUCUGCUGGCGCCAUGGAAAACUGGUGA